GAUCGAGCCCCCUUGAGUCGGCGUCAAAGGGAAAAGCGGGAGCCUAGAUCACCAGGGAUGCGAAACCACGAGAGCGAAAAAUCGCGAGCGAAUUGCUAAAUAUAGCAAAACGUUUUUGCUAGCGAAGGGCGAACGUGUUUGUCCAGACCUGGAAGCGUUGUACCUCCCUUUGUCGAUGUCACUUUAGAUACCACGAUCACAGGGCUGCACACACGCACAUACUCGCUCUCACACACACGCUAUCGAAAAGCUGCAAGCCUAGCACACACAAGAACGCGCCCCAUAAGCCGCCUGCGGACCGUCGAACCGGCCGGACCCCGUGUGGAUUCUCACUGCUGCAGACGGAGGUUGUCUGCAUAGCGCCCUGUCUCUACCGCACACAACAGGCUAUCGGAGUACUGGCUUGUGGAGAAAUGUCGUUUGAUUCGACGUCACAUAAGAGAACGGCCUCGCAACCGUCCGCACUGGACACGGCAGAGCCGCCUCCCGACGGAACAGAGGGAGAGGUGGAGUCGCCAUCCAUCUCCACGCCACAGGCCCGGGCAAGGUUUGAAUUUGAGCCGAACAAGUCCAACGAGGGAACCAAGGUGGUGAUGGUCGAGUGGGAGGACGACGACGUGACGAAAAAUUUGGAAGGGACGUGGACUAUCAGUUGGGAAGGGAAAUCAACGGUCCUGCCAGCUGAGGAGCGCAACGUCGAGGACGAAAGGGCCGAAAUACAGACGCACAGGACGUUCUUCUUACUACCAGCCGGAGUGUCAGUGCCGGCCCUGAUCACUCUAACGCUGAACCCCGCCGACAAGACGAAAGAGCCUGUGGUAUGGCGGACCAACCCGCUUCCUGCAAUCUUCCCCCCUGGCUUCGCCGAGUCUGCCGUAGGCAGCAAAAAGCCCUCAAAAGGAGUGCUUCACACAUUAUGGGCAAAGAAGAGACUGCACGCGCUGCAGAAGGAGAUCGAGAAGGAGGAAGCUCUGUUCCCGGAGGGCAUCGCUUUGGCCAUGGCAGUUCAAGAGAAGGAGUGGAUAGAGGAAACAUUUGGACUCGGUUCGCAAGAGAUCUCGUCGCACAGGCAGGCCUUGCGGGGCUUGGGUGAAGUUCCUCAGAGUCCCUCUUCGCCUCUCAGCCCUGGUGGCAGCAGGCUAUCGGAGAAGCUCAAAGGACUCAAGCUGCAAACCAAAUCUGGCGACUACCAGGAGCGAGGCAACGCAAACAACCCGCUAAGUCCGGAAGAGGCAGACAUAGCGAUACCGUCAUUCUCUGCCUUCAAGGGCGCCAAUCCAGCCGAGCUUGCGGCGAAACCGGCGCAGAGACCUUCAGCACCGGCUGCUGUAAGGCCGAUUGUUCCUCAGGUCCCCUCAAGACAGUCAACUACCGGAAGCGUCGGCUCGCUGGCUGGUAUCAUGGCUGGUACCGAUACUAGCUUUACAACCGCCCCAGCCAGUCAAGCUGACGAGGACGAAGACGAGCUGUUUGCCAUGCCUCUCAGUCCUCGGAGUCCAGAAAUGACGACUAGCCCGUUCUCAUUUGCGACGAGUGACACUUUGAAGUAUGUGAAAGGCGAUCAAGUUCAGCGGGUGGCGUAAAUGUGGUGUAUGAAUUAGCGAUACCAGACAUGGCUUGGCGUUUUGUGAACUUGUUUAAAAUGAAUCAAGACCCUGCGUAGGGAGUCUGUGAUAACACUAUCGUUUGUCGUAGAGCGGGUGAGAAGCUUGGCCAGAUGAGCGUAAUGUGAAGGGCACAUGUGAGGACUAGAAUCUGCUGAACCGGUGGAAGACGUACAAAUUCCCAUAUAUAUAACUUUCGUUUGCACGGCAGCAGAAUCAAGUUCAUUUCAAGAGCAC